GAUGUCACUAGCAACUUCCUUGGAGCAAUGUGGUUAAUAUCAAUAACUUUUCUCUCCAUUGGUUAUGGUGACAUGGUACCUAACACAUACUGUGGGAAAGGAGUCUGCUUGCUUACUGGAAUCAUGGGUGCAGGUUGCACAGCCCUGGUGGUAGCCGUAGUGGCAAGAAAGCUAGAACUUACCAAAGCAGAAAAACAUGUGCACAAUUUCAUGAUGGAUACUCAGCUGACCAAAAGAGUGAAAAACGCAGCCGCCAAUGUACUCAGGGAAACGUGGUUAAUCUACAAAAACACAAAGCUAGUGAAAAAGAUCGACCACGCAAAAGUAAGAAAGCAUCAACGGAAAUUCUUGCAAGCUAUUCAUCAAUUAAGAAGUGUGAAGAUGGAACAGAGGAAACUGAAUGACCAAGCAAAUACCCUAGUGGAUCUGGCAAAGACCCAGAAUAUCAUGUAUGACAUGAUUUCCGACUUAAAUGAAAGGAGUGAAGACUUUGAGAAAAGGAUCGUCACCCUGGAAACAAAGUUAGAGACUUUGAUUGGUAGCAUUCACGCCCUCCCUGGGCUGAUCAGCCAGACCAUCCGACAGCAGCAAAGGGACUUCAUUGAGACACAGAUGGAGAACUAUGACAAGCGUGUCACCUACAAUGCUGAGCGUUCCCGGUCCUCGUCCAGGAGGCGGCGGUCCUCCUCCACAGCGCCACCAACUUCAUCAGAGAGUAGCUAGAAGAGAAUAAGUUAACCACAAAAUAAGACUUUUUGCCAUCAUAUGGUCAAUAUUUUAGCUUUUAUUGUAAAGCCCCUAUGGUUCUAAUCAGCGUUAUCCGGGUUCUGAUGUCAGAAUCUUGGGAACCUGAACACUAAG